AUGCUGCCCACGGCUGUAACCCCCAGCGGGAGCCCAGCGCGCAAUAGACUCGACACCAGGCAGUUGAAGGCAGCAUUCGCAGGGUCUGACCAGACCAAUGACCGUGCGCAGGCCCGCGACGAUGAGGCGGAAGGCGCACGCAGCCGCGGAUAUGGCAAGGACGAGCAGGUGAGGUCGACGUACUGGCCCCCGAAGACCCCAGACUCGGCCGCCCCGGCUGCCGAACGCGACGAGGGUUGCCAGCAACGAGAUAACCCCGGUCAGUAUGGCGGCGUCGGCGGCCCUCGCUUCAGGCACGUUCGUGGGGAACAGCUUCUGGAGCGAGGCGGCCGCGGCCGUGGUAUCAUCCACGAGCAUGCUGGCGGUUUCGUAGAGCUUCGCGAGGGCUCGCCCGGGCGCGGGGCCGGGCCCGCCACCGCGUAG